CAUAAACAAAAACAAAUACACGUGGUAAAAUAGUUUAAGAAAUGGAUUUAGAAAAUGUUUGUGUAGUUUUACCUGCUGGUGGAUGUGGUGUUAGAAUGGAAAUGGACACACCAAAACAAUACUGUAAAGUCCUCAACAGACCUCUUAUACUCUACACAAUACAUAGUUUUCACAGACUAAGCUGGAUAAAAAUGAUUGUUGUUGUGGUUGAUGUAAGUUAUCUGGAGAUCAUGCAGAAUUUACUAACAAAAUACAAAUUUACUAAAGUAAAGAUAGUUACUGGAUCUCCAACAAGACACAGGUCAAUUUACAAUGGUGUCAAAGCACUGGAAACAGUUUGUAAACCUGAUGAUGUGGUUCUCAUUCAUGAUGCUGUCAGAAUGUUUACAGAUGAACAGACCAUUACACAGAUCGCCAUGACAGCAAAGGAACACAAGGCAUCAGGUGUUUACAGACCUUUAAUAUCAACAGUUAUUGCCCCUGAUUCCGAUGGAUUUUUGGAGGAGUCAUUAGACAGAAACAGAUACAGAGCCAGUGAAAUGCCACAAGGAUUUCAUUAUAGUGUUAUAUCCACAGCUUACCAGAAGGCAACAGAUUAUGAUUUUGAUUAUGGUACUGAAUGCUUGCUCUUAGCAUCCAAAUAUUCUGGAGUUAAGGCUAGACUGGUUGAAGGAUCAAGUAAUUUAUGGAAAGUUACACACAAGAAGGAUAUAUUUGCAGCAGAAGGAAUUUUGAAAGAAUCUGACAUUUCUGUAUGUUUGAAUUGUGAAGAUGUUCGUUUAAGAGAGUCACUGACUAAACAAUUUCAGCGAAAAAAAUUCAAGAUACAUCAAUUACAAGAAGACCAAAACAAAGAAAACAAUAUAGAACCCUCAGUUUUUAUUCAUGUGGUGGAUUGUAAUGAACAUUUAACACAACAUAUGGUGGCAUGUUCUGAUAAGUUUAUCAGUCAUUGUGAUAAUUCUGCCUGUUAUUUACUGGACAGAGUAUUGAUGCUAGUUGUGAGAGAAAUCCCAUGUGAAAGUUAUCAUCUCACCAUUAUAAGAUUGAUGAAAAAUCUCAAGAAAAAACAUCAAGACAAAGAAACACUUGUUUACUGUGUUGUUUAUCAGGAUGAAACUCAAACUGAACAACUGACAGAAAUGGUUACUAGUGUUGUGUGGAACAGGGACCCAGUCUUAUCUGGACAAGUUUUAUUUGUUUCUUAAUAUUCUCUUUUCUAAUUAUAUGUUUUUUGAAACCUUAUUAUUUUUGGGGGGUUUUCAGAUGAAUGUUAAAGUCCCACUUGACAAAUUAGUUUUACAAUUGAGCAGUGUAAAUGAACCAUUUAAAAAGAAGUCAAGUUGCAUUUUUUAAAUAGUGUUUUAUUAAGGUGUAGAGUUGUUUCAUUGGCAGUCAUACAACAUCUCAUUAUCUUUAUUAUUAUACCCCCGCUUUAAAAAAGUGGGGGUAUACUGUUUUUACCUCUGUCUGUCCAUCCGUCCAUCCAUCAGUCAGUCCGUCCGUCCCAUGAAU